AUGGGGGGAGAGGGGGCAGGUCAGGAAGACGAAUGCCACUCCCCGGAAGGGCACCCAUAUGAGGAGAGCAGAGGUCAGAGCGGGUAUUGGGAGACUGACUGCAACCCCUUUCUCCCAGGACUACCCCUGAAAGUGAACAUCAGCAGCCAGGGGAAUCCUACUAGCCUCUUCGUGAGCUGGGCAGCUCCAGAGCCAGGAGGGCUUGGCCAUGCCCUCAACCUCACCCGCCUGAGCCCCCUCGGCUCUCCCAAAGGGCAGCAGUUCCAGGUCCACACCAAUGCAUCCAGCUUUGAGUUUCAGGACCUGGUGCCAGGGAGUCACUACCAGCUGCAAGUAACUGCCCUGCGACCUUGUGCACAGAAUGCCACCAUCACCCUUAUCACCCGUACUGCCCCAAUGACUGUCCAAGACCUGCAGCUCCAGAGCUCUGGGAGCCCAUCCAGCCUGGAGGCCUUGUGGGGUGCUGCUCCCGGGGAGCAGGAUGGCUACCAACUUCUCCUCUACCAUCUAGAAACCCAGACACUGGUGCACAAUGUCUCCGUGUCCCCAGGCACCCUGUCCUAUAGCUUUGACAACCUCUUGCCAGGGAGCAAGUAUGUUUUGGAAGUUAUCACCUGGGCUGGCAACCUCCAAGCAAAGCUCAGCAUCCACCAGUGGACAGCCCCCAGGCCUCCACAUCACCUGGAGCUUCGUGCCAUGGGCACCAGUGCCCUGCAAGCCUCCUGGAACGGCUCAGAGGGGGCUGCCUGGCUCCACCUAUUGCUCACAGACCUCCUGGAUGGCACCAACAUGACUGCAGUAGUCAGCCAGGGGGUCUCCAACUACACCUUCCUUCACCUCUCCCCGGGUACACCCUAUCAGUUGAUGCUUACUGCUGCUGUUGGGCCCUAUCAGGCAGCAGGGCCCAAUGCCACCGAGUGGACCUAUCCCUCUGCCCCCCUGGAACUGGUGCUGACUCCUCUGCCCCCAGAGCUCUGGGCAAGCUGGAAGGUUGGGCCAGGUGUGCGGGAUGGCUACCUGCUGAGGUUAAGCGGACCAGUGGAGAGGAAUGCCACUCUGGGCCCUGAGGACCUCAACGCCACAUUCCCAGGCCCCCUGCCUUCUGGUCACUAUGCUCUGGAGCUGAAGGCUCUGGCUGGGCCCUAUGAUGCCUGGGCCCAGGCCAGUGCCUGGCUGGCUGAUUCUGUAGCCCAGCCCACACAAGGCCAUAGUGCCACUUUGCAGCUGAAUGGGCUGGAAGCAACCAGGGAGCCUGGGAGGCGGGCACUGCUCUAUGCCAAGGGUGCCCCAGGCCUCCUGGGAAAUAUCUCUGUGCCAUCUGGUGCCACCCAGAUCACCUUCUGUGGGCUGGUGCCUGGAACCCACUACCAGGUGGACAUUGCCUCAUCUUGGGGAGUCAUCACUCAAAGCCUCACAGGUCACACAAGGCCGUUAGCACCACAGUCACUGGAGGUUAUCAGCAGGGACAGCCCCUCUGAGCUGGUUAUCAGCUGGUCCCCAGCACCGGGGCAGCGGGAAGGCUACAUGGUCACCUGGCACCAGGAGGGCAGCCAGAAGUCACUGGACAAUCCUGUCAAAUUGGGUCCAGACAAUUCCAGCCUAGCUCUGAGGGCUCUGGUGCCUGGCUCCUGCUACUCUCUAUCUCUGUGGGCCUGGGCAGGGAACCUCAACUCCAGCAUCCAGAGGACUCAUGCCUGCACUGUUCCUGCUCCUCCUACCAACUUGAGUCUGGGCCUUGCUGCCCAGCCUCCAGUCCUGAUGGCUUCCUGGAGCCCCCCGCCAGGAGUCAGAGAUGGUUUCCAGCUACGCCUUUACCGCCUGAGGCCCCUGACUCUGGAAGCUGAGUACACCCUGACUCCUGAGGCCCAGAACUUCUUCUGGGACCAGUUGUCCCCAGGCACCAAGUUCCUGGUGCAGCUGGUCACCCUGCGGGGUCCGGAUAAGAGCAGCAGUACCAAUGCCACGGGCUGGAUGCCUCCCCUCACCCCUCCUCUGGUCAAUGUGACCAGUGAAGGCCCUACUCAGCUCUGGAUAUCCUGGGUCCAUGCUCCUGGGGGCCGGGACAGGUACCAGGUGACUUUAUACCAGGCAGGUGUCUGGGUGGGCACCAGCAAUGUGGGACCUGAAGUGGACGGCACCAGCUUUUCGGCUCUGACUCCAGGCACUGAGUACAAGGUGGAGGUGGUCUCAAAGGCUGGGCCCCUCCAUGCCGUAGCAGCCAACGCCUCCGGCUGGACCUCCCCUCUCUUACCCAAUGAGUUGUUGGUGUCAAUGCAAGCAGGCAGUGCUAUGGUCAACCUGGCUUGGGCCAGCGGCCCCUUGGGACAGGGGGAGUGCCAUGCCCAGCUCUCAGAGGCUGGGUACCUCUCCUGGGAGCAGCCCCUGGUGCUCGGCCAAGCCCAUCUCAUCCUGAGGGGUCUCACACCUGGACGCAACCUCUCCCUGUCAGUGCUGUGCCAGGCAGGCCCACUCCAGGCCUCCACUCACUCUGUGGUGCUGCCAGUUGAGCCUGACCCUGUGGAGGAUGUGCAGUGCCAGCCCAAGGCCACCCACCUGGUCCUGAACUGGACGGUGCCCACCGGGGAUGUGGGCACCUGCCUCAUGGUGGCAGAGCAGCUGACAGUGGGAGGGAAUGCUCAUGUCAUCUUCCAGGCCAACACCUCUGAGGAUGCUGUCCUGCUACCCAACCUGGUGCCUGCCACUUCCUACCGCCUCAGCCUCACUGUGCUGGGCAGAAACGGGCUGUGGAGCCGGGCGGUCACCCUGGUGUGUGCCACAUCUGCAGAGGCCUGGCAGCCCCCAGAGUUAGCCACGGCCCCCCAGCUGGAGCCUGAGAUGCAAAUGGGAGUGGUGAUCACACGGGGCAUGUUUGGUGAGGACAAAGGGCAGAUCCAGUGGUAUGGCAUCAUCGCCACCACCAACAUGUCAUUGGCUCAGCCUCCCCGGGAAGCCAUCAACCACACCUGGUAUGACCACUACUAUGGGGGACACGACUCCUACCUGGCCAUCCUGCUCUCCAACCCCUUCUAUCCAGGGCCCUGGGCUGUGCCAAGAUCCUGGACAGUGCCCAUGGGUACAGAGGAAUGUGGUCAGACUCAGGAGAUAUGUAAUGGGCAGCUCAAGCCAGGUGCCCAGUAUAGGUUCAGUGUUGCUGCCUUUACCAGGUCCAGUCUUCUGGAGCCCAUUAUCUCCUUCUCUGCCUUCUCAGAGCCUCGGGCCAGCGUUUCAAGGGUGGCAGUGCCCUUCCCCAUGGUGACUGGCAUUGUGGCGGGCUGUGCCUUCACCAUCUGUGCUGUGCUGGGCCUGUUGUGCUGGCGGCGAGUGAAAGGGCAGAGGGCCAAGAAGAAUCAAUUUUCCCAAGAGCUGACUGCUUACAACCUGCGGAGGACCCACCGGCCAAUCCCCAUCCAGAGCUUCCAGCAGAGCUAUGAGGCCAAGAGUGCUCAUGCUCACCAGGCUUUCUUUCAGGAGUUUGAGGAACUGAAGGAGGUGGGCAAGGAGCAGCCCAGAUUAGAGGCCGAACAUCCUGCCAAUGCCUCCAAGAACCGCUACCCGCAUGUACUGCCCUAUGACCAUUCUCGGGUCAGGCUGACCCAGCUGGAGGGAGAGCCUCACUCCGACUACAUCAAUGCCAACUUCAUCCCAGGUUACACUCACCCACAGGAAUUCAUCGCCACCCAGGGGCCACUCAAGAAAACUCUGGAGGACUUCUGGCGGCUGGUGUGGGAGCAGCAGGUCCACAUCAUAGUCAUGCUGACCGUGGGCAUGGAGAAUGGGAGGGUGCUGUGUGAGCAUUACUGGCCAGCUGACACCACCCCCAUCACCCAUGGCCACAUCACUAUUCACCUCUUGGCUGAGGAGCCCAAGGAUGAGUGGACCAAGCGUGAAUUCCAGCUGCAGCACGGCUCUGAGCAACGGCAGCGGAGAGUGAAGCAGCUGCAGUUCACGACCUGGCCUGACCACAGCAUCCCUGAGGCCCCCAGUUCCCUGCUCACCUUUGUGCAACUGGUACAGGAGCAGGCGAGGGCCUUCCAGGGCCGGUGGCCCAUCCUGGUACACUGCAGUGCGGGUGUGGGUCGGACAGGCACCUUUGUGGCCCUGACAAGGCUGCUGCAGCAGCUGGAGGAGGAGCAGAUGGUAGAUGUGUUCAACGCUGUGUAUGCACUCCGGAUACACCGACCCCUCAUGAUCCAAACCCCGAGCCAGUACAUCUUCCUGCACAGCUGUCUCCUGAACAAGAUUCUGGAAGGGCCCUCGGACACCUCAGAGUCCCGGCCCAUCUCCGUGAAGAACUUUGCGCAGGCCUGCGCCAAGAGGGCGGCCAACGCCAAUGCUGGCUUCUUGAAGGAGUACGAGCUUCUGCUCCAGGCUAUCAAGGAAGAGACUGGCUCUCGGACGCCCCCUCCUGGCUAUGAGCAACACAGCAGUGUCUCCUGCGAGUACGAUCGUUCUCAAGUGCAAUUUUCCCCUCUGGAGGAGAGUCCCCCUGAUGAGAUGCCUGAAGCCUGGCUCUUCCCCGGUGGGCCUUCUGGCCGUGACCAUGUGGUACUGACGGGUCCUGCAGGGCCAAAGGAGCUCUGGCAGCUGGUGUGGGAGCAUGGGGCCCAUGUGCUGGUCUCCCUGUGCCCACCUGACAUGCAGGAGAAGAUCUUCCCCACUCCUCAGGAGUUCUGGCCAACGGAGAAGUGUCCUAUUGUUACGGAUACAGUGACUGUGCACUGGAUGGCUGAGAGCAACACAGCAGGUUGGCCCUGCACCCUCCUAAGGGUCACCCAUGGGGACAGCAGGAAGGAGAGGCAGGUGCAGCAGCUGCAGCUGCCAUCCUGGGAGCCUGGGCGUGAGCUGCCUGCUGCCACCCUGCUGCCCUUCCUGGCUGCUGUGGGCCAGUGCUGCUACCAGGGCAAGAGCAAGAAGCCUGGCACAUUGCUCAGCCACUCCAGCAAAGGUGUGGCCCAACUGGGCAUCUUCCUGGCCAUGGAGCAGCUGCUGCAGCAGGCAGGGGCUGAGUGCACCGUGGAUGUCUUUAACGUGGCCCUGCAGCAGUCACAGGCCUGUGGCCUUAUGACCCCAACGCUGGAGCAGUAUAUCUACCUCUACAACUGUCUGAACAGCGCACUGGUGGAUGAGCUUCCCUGA